GGAUUGGAAGACAUGACCACAGGCAAUUCUACAGAGCUGGUUGGAUUUAUUCUUAUGGGACUCUCAAAUGAUCCAGAGCUUCAAAUUCCUCUCUUCGUGGUGUUCCUGGUGAUCUACACCAUCACCUUGAUUGGGAAUCUUGGUAUGAUCAUAUUGAUCAAAGUUGAUCCCCAACUCCAUACCCCCAUGUACUUUUUCCUCAGCAACCUCUCCUUUGUAGAUGUGUGUUACUCCUCUGUUGUCACCCCAACAAUGCUGGUGAACUUCAUAGCCCAGAGGAAAGCUAUUUCACUUGCUGGAUGUGCAACACAGAUGUGGUUUUUUGGCCUCUUUGUGGCCACAGAGUGUUACCUCCUGGCAGUGAUGGCAUAUGAUCGUUAUGUGGCCAUCUCUAACCCACUGCUCUACAUGGUCCUCAUGUCCCGCAGAAUCUGUGCUCAGCUCUUGGCUGGACCCUAUAUUGUUGGGUUGGUAAAUGCUGUAAUGCACACGAGCUUCACCUUCCACUUGAGUUUCUGCAACAGAGUGAUCAACCACUUCUUCUGUGACAUCCCUGCAGUGAUUUCACUCUCCUGCUCUGACAACCACAUCAAUAAGUUAGUGCUUUUUGUUCUGUCUGGUGUCCUGGGUACAUUUAGCAGCCUCAUUGUCCUUGCCUCCUACAUCUACAUCCUGACAGCCAUCCUGAGAAUCCGUUCAGCUGAGGGCAGGUGCAAAGCCUUCUCCACCUGCUCCUCACACCUCACAGCUGUCACUAUAUUCUUUGGGACCCUCUUCUUCAUAUAUGUAUGUCCCAGCUCCCACUCCUCAGUAGAUCUGGACAAAGUAGUAUCCAUGUUCUACACAGUGGUGAUUCCUAUGCUGAACCCCAUCAUCUACAGCCUGAGGAACAAGGAGGUGAAGGAUGCCCUGAGGCGAGUGAUUGGGAGGAAAAUGCUUUCCUUAGGAACAUAA